ACUCUUACGCUCUCUCUCCCAAAAUCCAAAGUAACAGGAAUCCGCAGAUUCGUUUUUCAUAAAGAGGCCGUUGUUCCCGUUAACCAAACAAUGACCACAAAGCGAAUGGAAUUUGACGGUGUUAUCUCCCCACUCAACUCCGUUAUCCUUAACCGACACCUCCAUGGAUCCCUUCAUCCACAAGCUCCGUCGCCACCUUCUAGCAUGGCUUCACCGAUCUCGCUCCGGUGCGGUGUUUUUUGUGAGGAGAAUUUCGUACAAGGACGUUAGAAGAGCAACGGACGGUUUCCGCAGAAUCGUUUAUAGCAAUUCUGAAGUUUCUGCGUAUGCUGCCAAGUUUGGAGACGGCGGCGGUGUGUGUUUGGUGAGAGAAGUGAAAGGUUUCAAUGAAGGAAAUGACAAUUUUCACAGGCACGUGCAAUUCUUGGGGCGCUUGCGCCAUCGCCAUCUUCUCUCGCUCAGAGGCUUUUCUGUCGGACGCAAUCACAAGAGAUUGCUCAUAUUUGACAACAUAGAAAAUGGAAGCUUGAAGGAGCAUCUAAAUGACCCUUUGAAGACUCCCUUAAAUUGGAGGACGAGGUUACAGAUAGCUAAUGGCGUUCUGGCUGCACUGGAAUACUUGUUUCUCUUCAGUGAACCACCAGUGUGUCAUGUGUCUAUCACCUCGGGCAAUAUUAUGUUAGAUGAGAACUUCACAGCUAAACUAUCCGACUUUGGCCUUCUUACAUCUGGUGGAGAUUCUGUUAUGAUGCCAUAUUCAGAAGAUUAUAUGAAGCAGAAAAGUUGUAAGAUUAUCUUCCAACUUGGAGUGCUCAUACUAGAAUUGGUCACCGGUCAGUCUUCAGAGAUGGAAGGUUCUGAUUUAAUUGAAUGGAUCCAAGAAUCCCGAUUUUACAAUUCCAUAGAUAAGAUGAUAGACCCUGAUCUUGGUAACAAUUACGACUGUACGGAGCUUAAAAGUCUUCUGGCAGUGGCAAAAUUGUGUAUCAAAUCAUGGGACAAGCCUCCAUUUACAAUUCCACAGUUAUUCCGGUAUCUCCAAAAGAAGAUUGAUAUUACCCAUGACUAGGAUUGUUAUCUGUUUUGUUUAAAAAUCUUGUGGUUUCUCGGGAGAAUAUUUAGCACUCCCUUGUGUGAAUGCUUUCACGUUUAGUACCUCCUGAAGAGUCAGUUUCGAGAACUGCGAUAAUGCUCAUCUGAAAUUAAAUGAAGAGGAAAAUGUCAAUAAUUGAUAUUUUUUAAAACUCUUUUUGUCGGGUGAAAUUUGAUUCUAGCUCUAACAAUAGAGUGGAAUGAGGUGAUUUAGGGUAUAUUUGUCAAAACAAAUGGAUAAGCAAGUUUCGGAUCUGAAUGAAUUGUAGUUUUAUG